AUGACCAGCGUGAUAGGCCAUCUCACAGGCCUGGACUUCGAGCGCCAGUACAAGGGCUGGAUGUCUUGUCCCCCCGGCGCCUUGUUUGAGGCUCCAGUUCAUGAAGAUGUUGACAAGGACAAACUGCCGAUUGCAGAAAAUAUUCGAAACCAAGCACAAUACAGCAAAGCACUGUUCAUCUGGACUGAUUGUGAUCGAGAAGGAGAACAUAUUGGGGCCGAGGUCCGCAACCAGGCCAAAAGUGGCAAUGCAAGAAUAGAGGUCAAGAGAGCCAAGUUCAGCAACACGGAGAGAGCUCAUGUCCUCCAAGCUGCUCGUCAACCAGUCGAGCUUGAUGAAUAUCAAGCCAAUGCCGUUGCGGCAAGAAUAGAACUUGAUCUGCGUAUUGGUGCCGCUUUUACUCGACUUCAGACUCUUCAGCUCCAGGCUGUGACAUCAAUUCUGAAAGACAAAAUCAUUAGCUAUGGAUCAUGUCAAUUUCCCACCUUGGGCUUCGUGGUCGACCGAUAUCUCCGAGUACAAAACUUCAAACCAGAGACUUUUUGGGGCAUCAAAGUUAUGCUUCGGCGUGAAGGAAAGGUGGUCAAUUUCCUCUGGAGACGUGUCCAUUUGUUUGACCGCGCUGCCGUCAUCAUGAUGUUAGAACGCUGCUUGAUUGCAAAAGAAGCCAAAGUCAGCAAAGUUAGCAAAAAACCCAAGAGCAAAUGGCGGCCUUUGCCCUUGACAACCGUUGAUCUCCAAAUGAUGGGCAGCAGGUUCCUUCGCAUGGACAGUCAAAAGAUUAUGAAACUUGCUGAAGGUCUUUACACCAAGGGAUUUAUCAGCUACCCAAGAACGGAGACAGAUCAGUUUGAUAAGGAAAUUGACCUCAAGAAGCUGGUAGAGAAACAGUUUCCAGACAGCUCAUGGGGUCAAUACGCUAGAGAUCUUAUUGAUGGAAAAUUCAGGACACCUCGAUCAGGCCGCAAUAAUGAUCAGGCACAUCCUCCUAUCCACCCUGUAGCCUGGGUUUCACCAAGCCAACUCAGUGCCGAUGAAAAAAAGGUCUACGAAUUCGUGGCUCGGCGAUUCCUAGCCUGCUGUUCAGAGGAUGCAAAAGGUCAGGGUACUGAGAUUGAAAUCAAAUAUGGAGAUGAAUUCUUCCAUGCCAACGGCCUCAUCGUGCUUGAGCGGAACUAUCUCGAUGUUUACGUCUACGACAAGUGGGAGAGCAGUCAGCAGUUACCGAAUUUCGAGAAAGACGAGACCUUCCAGCCCACCGAAGCGAACAUUUUCGAGGGAAAGACCACGGCUCCAAACUACUUGACUGAACCAGAGCUGAUCGGUCUGAUGGAUGCCAACGGCAUUGGUACUGACGCCACCAUGGCAGAGCAUAUUGCUAAAGUCAAAGAUCGGGAAUACGUUGUCCCUAAUAAGCGAGGAACUGGACGGACUGCGGUCGAAGAGUUAAUUCCAACCCGACUAGGAAUUGCACUCGUUGAGGGAUAUGAUAAUGUGGUUGCAGGCCUUCCGAAUAGCAUAUCCUUGAGCAAACCAUUCCUUCGGAAAGAGAUGGAAUUACGCAUGCUUGAGAUCUGUGCAGGCACGAAGACCCGACAGGACGUUGUGCAACAGAGUCUUGACAUGUACCGGGAAGUCUUCAUUCAUACGCAGAGACGCAUUGAGAUGCUGAAGGUUGCUUGCCGAAAAUACCUUGUCGAAGAGGCAGCUUGA